AGAUAUCAAAAUAUUUACAUCGGUAGGUCCUUCCUCGCGAUUUUUAUUGCUACUUCUUACUUUUUGUCUGUCAUCAAAUAUGAAAGAACAUUAAUGUAAACAUGGAACAUUCAUGUGUUUUGGAGAGUAUUCACUGGGAAGCACAGCGCCGAUAACAGUGGAGAAAUGUUUCACAUAAUCAUUCACCGCCCUCAUUUGUAACCGGAUACCCGCUAGCUGUAACCGAGAAAAAACCGUGGAAAGGCUCCCGGCGCUGCAGACGUUUCUCCAUAGGAUGCGGCGGAAAAAGCAGACACGGUACCAGCUGGAACGCUCAGAAAACAACUAAAUUUGUCGGAAUAACCUUGAUAUAUAUUCGAAACGAUCUCUAGCAAGAAAAGUGUAGCUCAAAAUCAGUUUGAAUAUAAAGAGACUUUCUGACCAGAUAUCCGGCGGUAAAUAUUUGCAUGUAAAAGGUUAAUGUCCGGGCCAUUACGUGCAGGCUAUUUGUUUCUGGGAUAAUUCGCGCUUGAUAACAUUGUUCGCUGUAUACUGGAAGGAUCCCUGGAAUUUAACGAUUAUACAGGUGUUGGCUUGGAAACGAAUGACUGGAAUCUGCACACGCGGGAUGCAUGUGUGCGAACACGAAACUAUGCUUUGUUAUAUGCGCUCGGUGCUGGUGUGAACGCGUUGUGUUCAGUUCAAGAUUGCGUGUUUUAUGAAUUAACAGUCGGCUAAUCAGUGGUUCGAUGCGACCAAUGAGGCGCCUGAAGGAGGUUUAAUCUGUUACAGACAUAACUGUUGGAACUAUACACGUUAAUAAAUGCGAUAUUGGGUAAGGGUGUGAUCAGUGAUCGGAAUGAUUGGUGUCAAAGGUCAGCCAACAGUAGCUCGGGUGGCGACGAGUCGCUUCCAUCAAUGGCUCAUCCCGGAGAAGACUGUCAUCGGCCUGUUGAUAUUGGGAGUCAUACUAAUUUUCGUCGGAGCCAUAUUCAUAGGGGUUGCAUCGGUCACCAGCGGGAUAUUCGCGAUACUCGGUGGUGUUAUACUCAGCGCCGGUCUUAUUCUGGUGUGCAUCUGCCUCUGCCUUUGUGCGCAUGCGUGUUGCGUGUGGCGCGUUCGGGACACAGACACGCAAACGAUAGAAACUACCGUUAUAAGUGCCGAUCAACCAGACGGGGACUGGUUCCCGGGUUACGGACCACCAGACAAGCGCGUCCCAAAUGGUGUGCUACGGGAAGGGAGGCAGCAAGGCUCACUGAAAAAGCACGUGACCAUAUCUCCGCGCUCCACCGACAGCUUCUCGAGUGGAUUCAUGUCCGGUCGACAGGGUGAUUCGUCGCUUAGAUCAGUGGAUUAUUACGGUGCAGGGCGACAAGGGAAAUCGCUAAAAUCCGGUCCCAGCUCCGUUUCAUCCGAUAUGUCAACUCUAGCCUCGUUUGCAUAUUUGAACGACCCCAAUCUGGCAACGCCAUACAGCACUCUAGGCCAAAAGAAACAAAACCAAGCAAAUGUUGUUAAUAUUCCAGUGCACGUUCAGCCUGGAUACGGUUCCGUUCCCCGGCAUGGGGAAGGUGGGAGAAUGGCUCAGGUACGGCCAUACCAGACGGAGAAUACUUCUCAGGGACGGAGCAACGUGCUUCCAGGUCGAAGGCAUUCAGACGACGACUAUGACAACGCUGCUGACGUGGCGCCAAUGCUCCCUCAACAGACAUACGUACCGCAACCACCGCCGCCUCAUUGGCAACAUGAAGUUACCCCAUGGCAACAACAGCAACAUCAACUGCAAUAUCAGCAGCAGCAACAGCAGCAGCAACAACGAAAUAGUGGCACUUUUAGUCAGCAAUGGCAUCACUCACCGCAGCAGCAGACGGUUUGGCAAUACCAGACGACAUCGAGCGGAAACCAGCCUCAAACUUGGCGCCAACAGCAUCAGUCUGAUGACGUGCCUCCAGCACAGCCAUUGGUCAGGCCUUCUCAACGUCGACCAAUGACAUUUGAGCAAAUAUCUUCGUCAAAAGUUAGCCUUUACGACAAUAUUCAUAUGAACAGACCGGAAAGCGAUGAAGAGUAAUAUCUUUUAAAAUUAUAUGAUUUUAGUAAGGAUAUAUCAUCAUAAUAAUAAAAUGAGUUUAAUAUUUAUUUUGAAGAGCGAUCCGUAAUUCAAUAAAACUUUGUUUAUUCAUAACAGGCACGCAAUUGUUUUCAUAAAAAAAGAAAACCAUGCACUUUAAAGUAUAUAUCGUAGUUUUGUCGUAUACAGAGAAGGGCCGUAGUCUUUAAACGGGGUUCAACGAUUUUGCGUUAGUUUUUUUAGCUCAACUGAGCAAAACGUUCUCAAUGGUGAGCUUUUGUGACCACCUUUUGUGCAUCACCUUUUGUCCGUCGUGCUCAUCAACAUUUGCCUUGUUAACACUCUAGGGGCCACAUUUAACAUGGUUAGUGGAUUUGUCCCUAUGAAAUCUUGGACGAGUUCGAAAAUGGUUUCGGUUGGGAAAAAAAACAAGGCCGCCAGGGGGCGGGAAAUUUUUCCUUGUUUGAGAUGAGUGAAACCGUGUUAACUCUGUAAUAGUCACAUUUAUAGUCCAAUCUUUAUGAAAUUUGUCACACCAUUUGUUCUAAUGAUAUCUUGUAUGAGUUCACAAAUGGUUCUGGUCUUUUGACAAACAUUGCCGCAAAGGGGCGGGGAAUUUUGCUAAAACAUGUAUGGCUAUAGAAAAACCUUGUUAAAACUCUCGAGGCAAAAUAAAUGGUUCGAUUGUCAUUAAAAUUGGUCAGAAAAUUUGUCCAAAUAAUAUCUUGCACGUUUUUUUAAUGAUUCCGAUAGUUUGAAAAACAUGACCGCACGGAGCAUGGAAUUGUUUCUAAUAUGGCUAUAGUAAAACAUUGUGUCGUCAACAUUUGCCUUAUUAACACUCUUAAAGUCACAUGUAUAGUCCAAUCUUCAUGAAUUUUUGUCAGAACAUUAUUUGUAAUAAUAUCUUGAAUGAGUGCGAAAAUGGUUCUGGUUAGUUGUAAAACAUGGCCGCCAAGGGGCGGGGCAUAUUUCCUUUUUAGACAAAAGUUAAACCUUGUUAACACUCUUAAUGUCACAUUUAUAGUUAAAUCUUAAUAAAAAUUUGGCAGACAUUGUUUUGUAAUGAUAUCUUUGGCCGCACAGAAUAGAUCAGUUCUUUUGCAUCUCAUGUUGAGCGACUUUGGGCCUUUCAGGACUUUUGUUGUUUUGUUGUUGUUGUUGUUUUUUUACUUCACUGAACAUUGAACGUCUAAUUAUUCUCUUCGUUGAUUUUUAACCAUAUAAAGAGGUUGAUCAAUAUUCAAACAAUGCUAACAACAGUUACUUAUACCGAGUGUCGUUUCAAUUGGUGCUAAAUGUAGGUUGACAGUUUGUUAAUAUUUGUUAUGAACGAUCUGUGUUAAAUUGUAAAUGCAUGUUAACUGUUUUGCCUAUAGUUACAAAUUUAUGUAAAGAAAGUCACUAUAUGAACUAUUUUUAGUGCAAAUCGUGUUUUACUUUCAUGUGCUAGGCGAAAUCAUAGUGUUCACGUAUCAAGUAUUGUUUAGUUGUACUUAUUUUGUGAGGACAUGUUGUUACUGAACGCGUCCUAGUAGUGUAGAUUAGAUUAAGUAUAUUAUAAAUUAAGUGUUCAAUGUAAUUCAUUAUUAUCGUAGCAUUGACGGUUUAAUAACACUUGGACAAGGAAGUACAUAUAAUAAUAAUAAUAAUCUUAUCAUGUCAAUGACGGUACGUUUAAAUAGUAGUUUUGACAAGCCCAUGUGGCAUAUAGGCGUCACAUGUGUGUCCAACGCUGACAUUUCCUCUGAGAACAAGAAUCCGCAUUCAUAACAAGUAUUUGUUGGUGACAUGACCUGUGUGAAACAUGCUGUAUGUGCUGUACCUUUGAUUGUUUUUGUUAAUUAUUAAAUUGUGUACACACCGGUGUCAUACUGGGUAAUACUGACAAUCACGUGACAUCACUGCAUAUGUACAUGAUGGUGAAUGUUGUGAUUUUUUGCAUUCAUGUAUUUCUCCAAUUUUACCUUACGUUUAUUUUAGCUCACUUAGCUUCUUUUGGAAUUCUUAUACUUAUGUGAAACAAUUUAAAUACGUUGCAUGAUCAUCACUUCGAUUAAUUAAUUUGACAUAUUCUAAUUAAAAAUUUACAUGUUUAUUUGUUUAUAAAUAGUUACAAAUACAUAUUUAGAAAGUCACGACUUUACCUUUUUUAAAUUCAACGAGUGCUACGCGGAAUUCGAGUGUUCACGUACUAAGUGCCAUAUAACUGUGCUGAUUGUAUAGGGAAAUGUUGUUACUGAACGUGUUCUAAUUAUGACGAUGAUAUUACGCAUGUUUUAAAUUGAGUGUUCUUUCAGUUAUAUAUUAUUGCAGCAUCGACGAUUUUAUAAAACUCCUGUAUGGAAGUUCAUAUAAUAGCGAUAGUAGUGUUAUGUCAAAGCCGCAACGUUAACUAGUAUUUUGCUCAAGUGACAAAAGGCUUAAGCCCCUGUGUGACAAUCGCUGACAUUAACCUGAGAACAAGAAUCAUUUGUAACUAAUAUGUGUUGGUAGCAUGUCCUACCUGUGUGGAUGAUUUUACAUACAUAUACUCUUUCAUGAUUAUAAUGUAUGGUUAAAUAAAAAUAUGUUAACUGUA